AUGCCACCACGAAAACGGCGUGCUCCAUCAGAAACCACCCCCAACAACAAUACCAACACCAACAACACCACCAACAAUGACGACAAUACAGAACAACCGUUAUCAUCCAAAUCUGCUACUGCUACUACGACGCUCUCCCCCUACCCCAUCAACAAAGUCUACCGCCUCAUCGAGCCCGGCCCCGUGCUCCUCGUAACAACCGGCUCGCUGAAAGAAAACACGCACAACAUCAUGACCAUCGGCUUCCACAUGAUGAUGCAGCACGAGUCGCCCGCGCUGAUCGGCGCGAUAAUCGGGCCCUGGGAUGCCAGCUACGCCCUGCUGAAGAAGCAUCGCGAGUGCGUGCUGGCCGUGCCCAGCGUGGAUAUGGCGGCUACGGCGGUCGAUAUCGGGAAUUGCUCCGGUUCCGACGUGGACAAGUUUGAGAAGUUCGGCCUUGAGGUGCUCCCUGCGGAGAAGGUGGAGGCGCCGCUUGUCGUUGGGAUUAGACGUGAAGGUAGUGGUGCUGGUAGGAAUGAAAGUGGAGACGCAGCAGGCGCCCUCGUCCUAGCAAACAUCGAAUGCGUCGUCGAAGACACCAAAAUGGCAAGCAAGUACGGCAUGAUUGAUAGCUCUUUCGACGACGACGAUGACGACGACGAGGAGGAGGUGAGCCUGCUAGUCUACCACGGAUUCACGCAGGCUCCGUGGUACCAGGAUCUGACCGCCAUGGCGGUCGUCGAGACCAACACCCAGCGCGGUGAUGAUCACAGUUAUCAGUGA